UCUCACUCACAGAUGCACAAUGGCUGAACUCGGACGGAUUAAAGUGUUUUUAUUUCUGGUUCUGGAGCUUCAGGUUACAGUAAUUGCAGGUAUCACAUCUGUUUUAAAGAGAGCUGGAGAUGAAGUCAUGUUGUCCUGUCAAAAUGUGAUAGAUGGGCAACACAACUGUAACGGUACAACAUGGGUCUUCAGUGGGUCCAAAAACAAAGAGCUGGUAGCCCUGGUUACAUAUGGACAGAUUGAUGGAGAUACCAGAACCAGACGCAGUGUUACUCCUAACUGUUCCCUAGUUAUAAAGAACAUCACAGCUGAGGAUGUUGGAAAUUAUGAAUGUCAACAAUAUAAAAAAGGUUCAGAACAUCUGGUUCAUACGUCUGUGACUUAUCUGUCUGUUAUUACCAUGACUAAACAUGAGGAGAAUCAAAUGAUCACAUUAAGCUGCUCUGUUAUAAAGUUUGGCUCCUGUAAACACAAAGUGGAGUGGCUCUUUAAAAAACAGGAAGCGAAGAAGGAACUGACAAUCUCAGAGACCCACUGCUCUGCUAGUGUGACUUUUCUGAAGCCUGUGCUUGAUAAUUCAUCAGUGGAUAAGUUAUUUCAUUGUAAAGUUACUCAAUCUGGUGAUAAAAUAGGACAGGUGUUUUCCUUCGGUCACCAGUCCCCAGGAGCAACAGCAGCAACACAUAAACCAACAACAAUAACUACAAACAGAAACCCAGUUAAGAACACAUCAGGAAGUAAGAAUGUUUCAUCCAUCUAUGAAGGUAUUCCAUACAUUUCUGUAGGUGUGGGAUUAAUUACUGUGUUAAUAGUCGCUGUGGUGGUCGUCCGAUGGAGAUCUAAACGAAACAAAACACAGAGAAAUCAGAACACUGAUGAUCUGGAUGUAGAUGAUGGUGUUUCCUACGCCUCCAUCCGACACCCCAGGAACAAAAACAGAGAAGUUUUGGUUCAUGGUGAUCCUGAUACAGUGACCUACAGCACUGUGAGAAGUCAUUCUUCAUCUGCUGCAGCCUCUGACGAUCCUAACAACCUCUACUCUCUUCUGACCAUUGAAUAGAAUUAGGACAAAUGAUGGUGAAAUAUUCACAUGUUUAAUGCUUCUUUCUAAUUGCUGCUUUUUAUCAGGAAACAAACUGUCAAGCAUGGUGGUGGAGUGGUGAUGAUUAGAGUUGGUGUUGGAGCUAGAAGACAUGUAUAAUGGCUCAGCCUUAGAAAUGAUGGCAUGAUAUAAGAAGCUGAGCCUACAGAGAUGGAUAAAGUCAUAGAGAAAAUGGCUACUGAGAAAGAUUACAGGACAACGAGCUGCUUCAGCUUUUUCAUCUGUCAAAAAGUGACAUAUAUUGCAUGUAUAUUGGAUAUGGUUUUGUCAAUUAAUAAAAGGUAAGCAGCAAUAGACAAUGGAUGGAUAGAUGGAAUAUACAACAAUAAAACCACCUGAAAAUA